AUGGCCAGCCAUGGCCUUUCAAGACAUGGUCGAUACGAAAGAUUGUUGAGGAAACAUCGGCUGGAUACUCACCACCAUGGCGAGAAGAAGGUGUUGGAUACUAGGGCUGUGCUGGAAUCAUCUGAGCAGGCCGAUGAAUGGUCGUCGGUGCUGGACAGGCGUCAGCAGGUCGAAUCGCAAACUACUGCGACUCUGCCUCCGCCGGAAUCGAUAACAGCAACCACUACUACGGCUGCCCCUGACCCGAUCACGACCAUCUCCGGUUCAACUUCUUCAAGUGAUCCCCCAAGUGACCCGAGCGUAACGAUCUCAACCACGACAGCUGCGGAAACCUCGUUGACAUCGACGACUACCGAGACAACGGUUCCAGCAGAGACAACUACUGAUCCCAUUACCUCUCCCCCUUCAUCUACUUCUGGCUCCACGGCCUUGGGGACUACCUCUAAUACCGCUAGCACCUCUUUUACCUCUUCUACCACGUCACCAACUGUUUCGAUUACCCCCCGAAAAACCACCACCACCCCCCCCGUAAACACUCUUGGGGGCUCCAUUGGAAUCACCCUUUCGUUCCAAGGAUCUAGCAUCGACAUUCCCACGGCGGUCGUUUCACUUGCUACCCUGCUUCCCUCGUCCACUUCCACCACCAGUGUUCGAGAUACAACAUCAGUGAUUAGUUCAGGUGAAACAUCUAGUUCCAGCGCUUAUUCAAGCACCACAACCCCGAUAACUACAACGACUACCACUCCUUCCGUCACCACUAGCUCCACGACCACUACGACUCCAACGACGCCCACGACGACGACGACGACGACCACGUCUCGGACGUCUACCAGCACGGCGUCCUACCCGCACUAUUCUGAUCCUUCCUCAAAUUCAGGAAAUUCAGGACAUUCAGGCGGGACCGUAUUGGGUAACGAAGGUGGUGGCUCGAAUUCUACCUCCACAGUGACUCCUUCUCCCACCGGGUCUUCGUCGGGGUCUGGGUCAUUGGACGCACAGACUACGGGGAAGAUAGUCGGAGGCGUGGUUGGUGGCGUCGCUGGGGCCACGAUCUUUUUUCUCCUGCUCUUCCUGCUGCUUCGACGGCGGAAGAAGGGUCUCUUAUUUGCAGCGCCGGCUGGAUUGACAGAAGGCGAUGGAAGUGGUGCAGGUGCGGGUGCAGCAGAAGGGUCCACACGUCAGAUGGUCGUGCGGAGCUCGAAUAAGGAUUCGAUCUUUGGAGCGGCGUAUUUUGCCCCCGCGCUGAUGAAGCGCUGGCGACAGUCGCGGCAAUCCGCAGGCGAGGAGAGCAUUCUUAGCUCCGAGCCUAGCGAACGCGGGUUCCAGAAGAUCUCCGGCCGCAAGCUCCCAACUGGCGUACAACCCGGCCUCGAGUACAGCACCAGCGGCCUCGACGCAGGGUCCCCAACCGGGUCCGACUACAGUACCACCCUACCGCCAGUGCUACCGCGGUCUCCAAUCUCACAGCCGCCCCCUUCCGUUCCGUAUGGGAUGCCCCUGGACGCCAGCUAUACCCGAGAAGCAGCCGAAGACGACGUUGUUGUGUUUCGACCAUCCCCCGCGCGCACCCCCGUGGCCGGAAUGGCUAACCCACCCACGGGGACCGAGGCGAGCACGGUACGGACGUCGGGAGCAUUUCCUAUGCCUCCUGCGACGCCGAGCAUGGCGAUCCCAAAACGGCCGGAUGCGCUGGGGCGAAGUCACCCAAGCUAUGAUGGGAGCCGAGGCAGUCGAUUUACGGAGAGUUUAUGA